UCUUAUCAAGAUAUCGACUUUUACGUACAUAUCGCUCAUGAUAAUCAUCCCUCUAUAAAUAGCAUAACAGAACACCUUGAGCGCACUCAAAAUUCGUCAUGUACUUAAAGAGAAUAGUAAUUUUUUGUGUCCUUUUCAUAGACGUUAACUCUUCUUUAACUACAGACUACUACUCAAACCUAAUUACCGAACGAAAUGCUGAAGCAUUUGUUUACCAGCUUCAAAUUCAAAUAAAACAACGGAUUUGGGAAAUUAUGACUUUAUUAUAGUGGGAGCUGGGUCUUCGGGGAGUGUUUUAGCAACAAGACUCACAGAGAUAAGUGACUGGAAAAUUCUCUUGUUGGAAGCAGGAGGUGAAGAAGAUGAUUUUAGUAAUAUUCCUGCAGAGCUCAUGUUUCUUCAGCUCAGUGAUAUGAACUGGGGAUACUACAGCACGUCUCAAAAAAAUUGUUGUUUGGGAAUGAAAGAUCAGAAAUGUAUGGUCCCUCGGGGAAAAUCAAUAGGGGGUAGCAGUGCCCUAAAUGCUGUGCUCUACGUUAGGGGGAAUCCGCAAGAUUAUGACCGUUGGGAAGCUUUAGGAAACCCUGGAUGGUCGUACAAAGACGUGCUUCCAUACUUCAUCAAAUCGGAAAAUUCGCAAAUUGACGGCGAUCCGGAUUAUCACGGAAUCGGAGGAUUUUGGAACGUUGAAUAUUCAUUUCCAGCCUCAGAUCUUUAUGAAAAUUUUAUCGCUGCGUGUGAUGAGUUAAAUAUGACACGUCUUGAUUACAAUGGGAAAGGACAAAUCGGUACUGAUAGGUCCCAAAUCAAUAUUAAACACGGGAAAAGGCAAAGUUUGGGUACAGCUUUCUUGGACAAUGCCCGAAAACGGGCAAACAUUGAUAUCAUAACUAAUGCCCUAGUGACCAAAGUUAUAAUAAACCCAGAAAGCAAAGAAGCACAAGGGGUUGAAUUUGUCACCAAAGAAGAAAAAUUCGCAGCAACGGCUGUCAGAGAAGUCAUACUUUCAGCAGGUGCCAUAAAUUCGCCCCAAAUUUUAAUGCUCUCAGGGGUAGGUCCGAAAAAACAUUUAGAAGAGUUGGGUAUUGAAGUAAUUGAAGAUUUGCCAGUUGGUGAGAAUUUACUCGAGCACCCCCUUUUUCCCGGUCUGGUAAUACAAACCAAUUACACGCUCCCUGGUACAACAAUGGAAAUAUUACUUGACCAGUAUUUGCAAGGGCUAGGACCGUUGACAAGUCCGGCCCAUGUGGACAGCAUCGGCUUCCUCCACACUGGAGACGGCCCUGCCGACCUGCCCACUGUCGAAUAUUUAUUUAUUCCUCCCGGUGGCUCAACCCUCCCAAUUUUAAACCGAGUUUACAAUUACGACGACAACCUCGUCUACAACUUCUUGAGCCGAAUCAACUCACGCAGCGACAUUACGGUAUAUUUGGCCCUCUUGCACCAAAAAUCCAAAGGAAGAAUCACUUUACAAUCAACGAGUCCCAUCGAUUUCCCUCUCAUCGACUUGAACAUGUUUGCAGAGCCCGAAGACGUUGAUAAUUUAAUUGAAGGAAUCGAGUUCGUUAUGAACUUAACAAAAACCGAAGCUUUCAAAAAAAUCAAUGCCAAUCUCCUUAAUGUACCGAUUUGUACGGAGUUUACCAAGUAUUCGAAACAAUACUGGGAGUGUAUGAUUCGUCAAAUGGCACAAACCAUCUAUCAUGCAUGUGGCACAACAGCGAUGGGACCGAAUAAAACAUCUUCCGUUGUCGAUAGUAAUCUAAAAGUUCAUGGAAUUGGGAAGUUGAGGGUGGUGGAUGCUGGCGUGUUCCCAACAACAAUCUCGGGGCACACCAAUGCGCCCGCUGUUAUGGUUGCAGAGAAAAUUGCAGAUGUUAUUAAAAACGAAUACGGUUUUAGAAAUAAAUAAUAACUUUAA